CCUGGUUGCGAGUGGCCAGGUUGGGGAGUGUCCAGACCUCCCCUUCUUAGACCGUGGUCAAAAUCAACCUACUUUUGUAAAUAUCAACACGGUGUGCCGGUAAACUCAAGGGUAAAGAAGAUUUACUCACCUCACUGGGACAUUGGCCUGUGACUGGACAUAAGAUGAAAAACAAAUUUAAAUUACCUAAUGUGCCGGUAGAGAGCGAGAUGUCUCAGCAGAAGGUGAUGGUGGUGUCGUUCUUCGGCAAGUCGCCUCUGUGGGCCAAAAGCUGCAAAGCCGGCGACGUGGAUGCCUAUUGCGGCCGUCAGAUCUUUGAACCGUCGCUGCUGGAGGACCCCGUUGUUGGUCCGGACACAUUCUUUGACAUAGAAGGUUAUUACGAUGCGAAGAAGAGGGUGAUAUUUCUACAUUUGCGCGGAGUGUUCGAUACCCACACUUUGGUGAAGGCAUUUGAUGAGUUCUCCAAAGACCUGGAUGAAAAGGGCUACCUGUGCGUGUGGGCGGGGCUGAACCAUCAGUACGCCCGUGCGCUGCUCCUGCUGUUCCUCGUGUCUCAUGUGCUGGUGCUGUGCCACCCCACACACGGCUUCGACACCAGCUACGUGCACCUCUUCCGGGCCCUGGAUGCUGCCAGGCUGAAGCUGGCCCCUGCGUUGACGGAGCAGCUGCGGGCGGUGGGCGGGCUGCCCAAGGACUGGGUGGCGGCCGGACGGCCGUGCCCCCCGCGCGUGCUGUUCCUGUGCCAGACCUGCCCCGCGCCCUUCGCGCGGCCGUGUGCACGCCCCCACACGCCCAGGCCCUCCGUCAAGAAGUUGGAGCACGCGCUCGAGGACAUGAUCUACAACCUGCUGCGCAAGAGCCGCGUCGUCUCCAACGCCAGCGCAAACUCGUUGUUUGCCAUCCCAGCGAACCAGGAGUUUGUGUACGUUGCGACGGAGAGCAGGCCGAGCCGGGACCGGCUGUCGCACAUGAUCAACUCGCUGGUGGACUUCUGCAAGCACCCCCCGACCGAGGGGAGCCGGUUCGAGACGCCCAGCGUCCAGGAGGAGCCGGAUCCCGCCGACCACAGCUUUGCGAGCUUUCUGCAACAACACAUCGACCAAGGCUUCCUCAAGGGCUUCGAUGACAACGUCGGCCGACACAUGGUCCCCAGUCACUUCGAAGUAGUGUCUGCGUCGCUGUGGUUCCGGCUGGCGGCCCACCUGCACGGCUGGCUGGUGGAGGGGCCGGACGGCCCGGCGUGCACGGCGCUCCGAGACAAGCUGGGCACGGACAUGAGGUUCAGCGAGGCGCGCUGCGGCAAGGUGCUACCCGUCGCGCUGGCAGCCUACCAGGAAGGCCUCCCCCCUCAUUACAUGCGCAGUUACCACGAGCGCAAGCUGGGGCACGCGCUGGCGGUGUUUGCGCUGCACGCGCGGGGCCCGGUCUUCGAGCAGUGCGCGGCCCAGCUGGAGCGGCAGUGCGACGCCCUGUGGCGCGCGGGCAGGCAGAUGUGCGAGGUGCUGAGCCUGACCGGGAACCCCUGCACCAAGCCCCUGCACCGCGGGGGCGGGGAGGGCGCCGGCGGGGGGGAGCUCCUGCUGCAGGCGGGCGGAGACGGCCCCGACAGAGACCUGACGCAGCUGCCCGUGACGGAGCACAGCAGCGGCGCGCGCUACGUGUCUGCCUGCAACUGCGGGCGCAAGCAGGGCGCGCGCGAGGACCCCUACUCCGCCCGCUCGGCCAACCACGACUACUACACGCUGCUGGCCGAGGAGUGCGGCUGCCGCGGCCUCGAGAGCCUGUCCUUCCCCGUGUUCCAGCCCAGCACGCAGGACUUCAGGGCCGCGCAGCUGUUCCCAGGGGCGCCCAGGAGCGGGGCGAGGGACGUCCCCCGGCAGGAAGGGCGGGAGCUCACUGUGGCCACCCCUCAGGGCAACACGUCGGGCUGCAGCCUGGUGGGGUUCGUGUCGGGACAGUCAGGCCCCAGCGAUGGUGCGGCUGACGAGGCCCCCCACACGAGCCAGGACGGACAGGAGAUCGUCAUACACGUGUCUGACUCGGAGGAGUCCGUCAAAGACAAGACGCUGGUGCGGCAGCCGUCCACCACGGAGUACCUGCCCGGCAUGCUGCACGCAGACUCCCCCGCGGGGCUGCUCCCCCAGUUCCCGUCGUGGUCGCUGGUGUGUCUGGGGCCCUCCAGCCUCUACUCCCACAACCUGGGACUGCAGGACCAGCAGCAGGCGGGCAUGCUGGGUGGCUCCGCCUACCUGCUGCCCUGGGACGUGACGGUCCGUCUGCGCCACCACAGCGCGUGGCCGGCCGUGGGCGACCAGUACCGCCACAAGCCCGGACCAGGCCAGCACGGCGCGCUGCGCGGGCGCAAGACCAAGGUCGCCAGCAAAGAUUUGUCUGAGUUUGUGGUGAAGAUCUUCGUGGGAGUGGAGUACGAGUGCCCGAAGGGACAUCGCUUCAUGUGCUCGGCCCCCGACAAGGUUCUGAAGACGACCGGCUCGGGGUUGGUCAAGGACAACGGCAACAAAGUGACGGCCAGCGACAUGCCCCUCUACUUCCCCUGUCCCUGCAGGAGCCCCAAGCCGCUGGUGGCCCAGCUCAUGAGGGUGCACGUGGUCACCCCCAAGGCUCCCAUCCACGUGACCUUGAACCCACGCGUGCAGCCGGCACCACCACCGUGUCCCGUGUUCGUGACGGGCUGCGAGCAACCGGUGCGUCUGUCGCAGAGCGCCUACUGGGUGCUGCGUCUGCCCUUUGUGUACGUGGGCGAGCACGGUCCCUACGUGGCGCCCAAGGAGCCGGUGCCCCUCAGCUACGGCCGCCUGCUGGCGGGCGUCUACGGCAUCACCGAGGUCGUCCCGGAGGACAAGUGACCUUGUGUUCAUUUACUGUUGUCCAGGGUGAGAGGCGGCCAGUCAGUGAGGCCGUGUGUAGCGCAAGUGACGAGUUGCCCUGGAGAUGCAUGUGUUGCGUGAGGGUGUUGUUAAGAAGUGUGAAAUAAAUGUGAUAAAUCUA